GAAACUAAGUGAGGUGGAUAAACUAAAAGCAUCCUUCUAGGUUAAAGCAGACUAAAAGCUUAGCAGUUGUUUAAUAUCACCAUCUUAUCCUAUAGACGUGGGAAUAAAGGCUAAGGAAGGAGAAAUGAAAAUGCAGAAUCAUAUGGGGGCUUUUCCAAGGAGGUAUGAAGGAAGCUGAGGACAGGGAGAGCAGCUGGAAGUCAGGGGGUAAGAGAAACUCUAAAAAUCAGGGCUUGAGGGAAAUAAAAGGUGAGGUAAGAGGCUCAGGGCUGUGGGAGGCACAUUUUUCUCUGAAAAGCAGUUUGGAUGAGGAAGAGAUUUGGCAGUUGGAAGAGAGAAGAAGUCACUACAGGGUACUGAGGAAAAGCUUUGCUGAAAUUGGAGAUCAAAUACCAGCUCUGCCAGUAAGAAGCUGCAUCUCCCAGUGAAAUGCUGCUGCUGCCAUUUCAACUGUUAGCUGUUCUCUUUCCUGGUGGUAACAGUGAACAUGCCUUCCAGGGGCCGACCUCCUUUCAUGUUAUCCAGACCUCGUCCUUUACCAACAGUACCUGGGCACAAACUCAAGGCUCAGGCUGGUUGGAUGAUUUGCAGAUUCAUGGCUGGGAUAGCGACUCAGGCACUGCCAUAUUCCUGAAGCCUUGGUCUAAAGGUAACUUUAGUGAUAAGGAGGUUGCUGAGUUAGAGGAGAUAUUCCGAGUCUACAUCUUUGGAUUCGCUCGAGAAGUACAAGACUUUGCCGGUGAUUUCCAGAUGAAAUACCCCUUUGAGAUCCAGGGCAUAGCAGGCUGUCAGCUACAUUCUGGAGAUGCCAUAGUAAGCUUCCUGAGGGGAGCUCUAGGAGGACUGGAUUUCCUGAGUGUCAAGAAUGCUUCAUGUGUGCCCUCCCCAGAAGGUGGCAGCAGGGCACAGAAGUUCUGUGCACUAAUCAUACAAUAUCAAGGUAUCAUGGAAACUGUGAGAAUUCUCCUCUAUGAAACCUGCCCCCGAUAUCUCUUGGGCGUCCUCAAUGCAGGAAAAGCAGAUCUGCAAAGACAAGUGAAGCCUGAGGCCUGGCUGUCCAGUGGCCCCAGUCCUGGACCUGGCCGUCUGCAGCUUGUGUGCCAUGUCUCAGGAUUCUACCCAAAGCCCGUGUGGGUGAUGUGGAUGCGGGGUGAACAGGAGCAGCAGGGCACUCAGCUAGGGGACAUCCUGCCCAAUGCUAACUGGACAUGGUAUCUCCGAGCAACCCUGGAUGUGGCAGAUGGGGAGGCGGCUGGCCUGUCCUGUCGGGUAAAGCACAGCAGUUUAGAGGGCCAGGACAUCAUCCUCUACUGGAGAAACCCCACCUCCAUUGGCUCAAUUGUUUUGGCAAUAGUAGUGCCUUCCUUGCUCCUUUUGCUAUGCCUUGCAUUAUGGUAUAUGAGGCACCGGUCAUAUCAGAAUAUCCCAUGAGCCAUCAUCAUGUCUCCUCUCCCAUUCGCAAUAAGUACCAAGAAGCCCAAGAUAUCAGCCCAAAAGUCAAUCUUAUCAUAUUUCAAAUGAUUUUCAAAUUUGAUGAAAUCAGAGUUUUUGUGUAUUUUAAAAUAAAUUAUUAUUUAAACAUCAGCAAAAAAGUACUUAAAACUGUAAAUUUAUUAUGAGACUGUACUAACAGUGUGAUUCACCCCGAUUUUACACACAUUAAAAUGUUAGAGAAAAUGUGUCUCAAAAUAAAUGAAAUAUAAUACAUAUGACUUAAUAGUGACUCCCUUUGGCUUCCUAAUUUAAAACUUUUCUUUUUCUGCUUCUGGUUAAAUAUUAUUUGUCAAAGAAAACCAAAUACAAUUAUGCCAGAAUCACUGUAUUUGCAGAGAUGCAGAGCCUUUUGGAUGUAAUUUCUUCUCUGUCUCUGCCUGGAUGACUUUCUAGCCCUGAAGGCUCAGCUGAGAUGUUUCUUCCUCAGGAAGACUUUCCUAGUGCUAUAAUAAAAGGAACUAUGCAGAGAUCCACUUUACACUUUACUCACAGCAUUGGAGUUAUUUUUGUUUUUCCUCCCCUUCUAAGUUCCUUGAGGACAGUGUUCCCUAUUUGUAGAUCUCUGGCAAGAUCUCUUAGCUGCAAAUUCAUUUUCUCAGUAAAAACUAUCUGAGUUGCUGUAACUGCCAAGUUAAGUGUUUUCUUUCAGAGUCAUCUACUUUCUUCCAUUUUUUUUUCUUUUUAGUUGAUAUUGUAGAUCCUCCUCAUCUUGCUAAAAUAGUUUCCACUUAGCCAAAAAAUAUUAUGUUUUCUUUAUUUCUGUUCCAAACUCCUUUGGAGAAAACCACCUUUGGCUUACUACAGCUAUAGUCUAGCUUUUAAAGGGUCAUAGUGAGAGGUGAAGCCAGCUGCACUCCCUGGGUUGAGUGGGGACUCCUAUAACUUUUCUGUAGCUAGCAAGAGGUUUGUAAAAUGCACCAAUCAGUGCUCUGUAAAAUAGACCAAUCUGCACUCUGUAAAAUGGACCAGCCAGCGCUGGUCCAUUAAUUAAUAAUUUUAUAGGGGCCAAGCAUGGUGGCUCACGCCUGUAAUCCCAGCACUUUGGGAGGCCGAGGCAGGUGGAUCACCUGAGGUCAGGAGUUUGAGACCAGCCUGACCAACAUGGCAAAAAUCUGUCUCUACUAAAAAUACAAAAAUUAGCCGGGCAUGGUGGUGCAUGGCUGUAGUCCCAGCUACUUGGAAGGCUGAGGCAGGAGAAUCACUUGAACCCAGCAGGUGGAGGUUGCAGUGAGCCAAGAUUGUGCCACUGCACUCCAGCCUGGGUGACAGAGCAAGACCCUGUCUCCAAUAACAAUAAUAAUAAUAAUAAUUUUAUAUUUGCAAAGAUAAAGCAGUAUAAAAACUAUCUUUUGCUCAUUAGACAGUUUUGAAAAAAUUAUCAACUCAUGAUUAAAAUAAAUUUUAGAUAUUGUAUCAUUUCAUCCUUAACUAUUUCAGCAUGUCUUUCUGUAACAUAUAGACUUUUUUAACAUAUAGCUGAAAUUACAUUAUGACAUCCCCAAGUAAAAGAUUUCUUAAUAUCAUUAAAUAUAUAGUUGUUCAGCAUUCAAAUUUUGUCCAAUUGUCUCAUGAAUUGUUUUUACAGUUUAUUCAUUAAAUUGGAAUAAAAAUAAGAUUCAUGCAUUAAAGUUAGUUGAUGUUUCAUAAACCAUUUUUAAUCUGUAGGAUUCUUCUCUCAUUUUUAUCCUAGAAUUUGUUUUUUAAGAAAUUUCAUCAUUCUUCUUGUAAAAUCAUCCACAGUUUGGAUUUUGCUGAUUACAUAGCUAUAAUGUCAUUUAACAUGCCCCUUUGUUCUCUUUAUUUACUAUAUAUAAAUAGAUUUGUGGGCCGGGCAUUGUGGCUCACGCCUGUAAUCCCAGCACUUUGGGAGGCCGAGGCGGGCGGAUCACGAAGUCAGGUGAUCGAGACCAUCCUGGCUAACACGGUGAAACCCCAUCUCUACUAAAAAUACAAAAAAAAAUUAGCCAGGCGUGAUGUUGGGCGCCUGUAGUCCCAGCUAUUCAGGGAGGCUGAGGCAGGAGAAUGGCGUGAACCCGGGAAGCGGAGGUUGCAGUGAGCCGAGAUCGCGCCACUGCACUCCAGCUUGGGCAACAGAGCAAGACUCUGUCUC